AGAAAAUGUCAAAAGCCUCAGAGUUUUUGAAGAACAUUAAGAGACCCAAAUCUGGUCUAACCCAUAGUCUUAGAGAUGAUGCAUCUUAUUUUAGCGAACUUGCUGAAGAAGAGACUGAUAACCAUGUUAAAGGCCUCCAAAGCGGAGAAGCCAAUAUUAUGGUGGCAGUGAGAGUCAGGCCUAUCUCUAAAACAGAGCAGAAGAAAGAGCUUUACCCAAUAGUAAAGGUCAUGGAUGAUAAAUUUAUCGUAGUUCAGGAUCCCUCAACCACUCAUGGUGAUGGAGAUUUUGCUUCAAAUCAAGCUUCCGGCGGAGUUAAGGAGAAACAAUACGCUUUUGAUUAUGUUUUUGAUGAGAAUACUGAACAGAAGAUAGUUUUUGAUAAAACAACGCAGAUCCUCCUCGAAGGAGUUCUCGAUGGGUAUAAUGCCACUGUGUUUGCCUACGGAGCCACUGGAGCAGGUAAGACCUACACUAUGCUUGGCACUCCCAGUGACAAAGGUAUCUUUGGAAAUGCUUUCGAAGAGCUUUUCAAACAAAUGGAGGAAAGUAGUAAGGACAAAGAUUUCAAAAUCAAGAUGAGCUUUAUUGAAAUAUAUAAUGAAAUGAUAUUCGACCUUCUCCUUCAAAAUGAAAAGCCCCUCGAGCUUAGAGAAGAUGCCACUAAGGGGAUCCACGUUGCUGGAAUUUCAGAAGUGAGAGCUGAGAGUACAACUGAAGUUCUGGAACUUCUUCAUUUGGGUAAUCAGAACAGGAGCACAGAAGCUACUGAUGCUAAUAAUGAGAGCUCAAGAUCCCAUGCCUUGCUUCUAGUCACAGUUGAACAUAAAGAAAGAGAUUCAGGCACAGAAGCUGAAGUUAAGGUUGGAAAGUUCUCCCUGAUUGAUCUUGCAGGCUCUGAGAGGGCCUCUAACACCAAUAAUACAGGAAUCAGGCUGGUUGAAGGAGCAAAUAUCAACCGGUCUUUACUCGCAUUAGGUAACUGUAUUACCUUGCUGUAUCAGAACAGUGAGAAGAAAAGUAAGAAAUAUAUUCCCUUCAGGGACUCCAAGCUGACAAGACUUUUAAAGGACUCACUGGGAGGAAAUAGCCGAACAGUUAUGAUCGCCAAUGUUUCACCUUGAAAUACCGCUUAUGAAGAGACAAGUAAUACCCUUAAAUAUGCAAGUAGAGCCAAGAAUAUCAAAACUGAUGUGAAAAGGAACGUUCUGAGUGUUUCAUUCCAUGUUAGCAAGUACCAAUCGAUCAUUAAUAGCUUAAAAUAAGCAGGUUAACCAGUUGAAGGAGGAGCUAGUCACUCAAGAGCUUGACAGUAGCAUGAGUAAACCUCCCAAAAAUGAUAAGGACACAAAGGCUUUUGAUCAACUCAGAAAGGAAAUGGAAGAAAAUCACCAAAAAGAGGUCGAAAACAGGAAAAAUUAUCAAGAAAAUGAACGAAUUUUGAUCGAAUCGAGAAUAAAACUAAAUAAUGCAUGGAAUGGACUUAAGAAAUACAGAGAAAAGUUACCCCAGCUUAUAAAGAAGAAGAAAAUAAAGGAUUUACAUCUUGCAAUGAUACAGGUGACUUCUCAGAACCAUACUACUAUAAUAGAGAACAUUAAUCUCAAAAAUCAGGAGGAAAUUGAACAAGGAAAAGCAAAGGCCAAAGAUAUGGAACUUAAAUACCUUCAGGAACUGCUCACAGUCAGAGAUGAAGUAAUCUCACAGACUAAGAAGCAACUUCAGUUGAGCAAAAUGGAGCUCAUUAUAGAGCAAGAAACCUUAGAGACUGCUGAAGAUAUCCAGAAGAGAAUGAAGAUGUCUUUUCCCUCCAUCACCUAUACAAACGCUGGCUUAGGGAAUUCCAAUAAAAACAGGAACAGAAGUGUUAAUGUCAGAAUUGAGAAUAGAGGAGCACAUGAUAGCACAAGCGAAGCAAGUAUACCUACAGGAGUUGGAAGUACCAAGCACAUUGCAUCAACUCUUAAGCUAGCAAACCCAGUUAUCAGGAAGAAUAAUUAUAUUAAGAGCAAUCUAAGAUACUUAAAUACGCCAAAGAGAAAUCCUGGACUCUCAAGGAGUAAGAAUAAUCAUUCCUUACCUAAGCUUUCGAUGAGAAGUUUAGAUAGGCCACAGCUGAAUAAAAAGGAAUCGUUAGUCGUUGGAAGACACCCUAAGAAACCAUACUUGAAGAUCAAAGGGACUAAGAAAAUAUUUGAGAGAGUUUCAUCUCCUGGUGGGACAAGUACUGUUAGCGAUCGGACAACCACUAGUCUUCCUAGAAUUGUUAGAUCAGAUACAGAGACUAUUUCAACCAAGCAGCCAAUUCCUUUUAAAAGUGCUAUUAAACAAAUGAAGACCAAGAUCAAGGCGAAGGAUAGGAUGAGACUUGACAGAUUUAAGAAGGAAAACUUCCUCUAUAGUGCAGCUCCAAAGAAGCUAUCUUUGGCUGAGAAGUAUAAGCCAAUUGCUCCUCCUGCUCCUGUGGGGAAUCCAAAUCCCCCAACAAAUUUUCUGAGUAAAUUCAGAACUACUGCAGCUGCUCAGAAUAUUGUGAAAAAAGAAGAAAAGAAAGGAGAUAGCUCGAUCCCUAAUCUUUCUUACUCACAGAGGAUGAGAGAUAAUGUUUCCAAGCUGAACAUCUUCUCUGGUCCUGGAGAUGCAGUCUCAAGAACACCGUUGAAGGGAAUUCUUAAAAAGAAAGAUCCUCCUACUGGGGCUGUGAAUAGCCUGAAUGACAUGAACCUGCGGGCGAACACACUUGCGAAUGCCCAAAGUAGGAAAUUUUACUAA